AAGGUCUCUGAUGUGAUGGAGAAGGUCUCUGAUGUGAUGGAGGAGGUCUCUGAUGUGAUGGAGGAGGUCUCUGAUGUGAUGGAGGAGGUCUCUGAUGUGAUGGAGAAGGUCUCUGAUGUGAUGGAGAAGGUCUCUGAUGUGAUGGAGGAG